AUGGCUACAACGACGGUGACCGUUGAUGAGGAGACUGACGACGAAAUUUUAUACGAUGAUGAUUUGUCAACACCACGUAUCGCUAUAGCUUUAAAUGAUUCCGUCACUCUAUCUCCCAUAACAUUAUAUGCUUUGCGUUAUGCCGAUCCCACUGAAAAAUGGAAAAUUCAAGUUAUUUUUGACAAUAAUAUGAAACGCACUUUCACUGCUGGUACAACUGUCUUUCGUCCCACGACUAAUUCAUCUUAUGGUAUGUUCAAUUCACUAAUAGAACAAUUUACAACUAUUAUAAACGAAGAAAAACGAAAUAUGUCUAAUGAAGAUUUUAAAGAAUUCUUUGAGACUUGUCUCAAUUAUUAUUCAUCAAUUGAAAAUAUUGUUCAACAGGAUAUGCAUACAUUAAAAAUUCUUAUUCGUAUGAUGGCUUGCGUGCCCAUCAAUCGAAACAAUAUGAUUAUACCAAGCAAAGCAACUCAGUCAUUCAUAUCGAAUGUUCUGAAAGUUUUUUUAGACAAACUUCUAGAUGUCUGGAUAGAAGUUGUUGAUUCUGAAUGGAAAUCUUUUUGUCAUGGUCUAGCAACGUUAGUUUGUAUUAGGAUAUAUUAUGAGGAAUCUGAAAAUGAAAUGAAUUUUUCACUGGAUUCAUUGAUGAUAAUUCCUGACGGAACACGACGGCAAGAACUGAUUUUUCAAUUAGUUGACCUACUCAAUAGUUUAACAUGUACUUUGAUACCAAAUCAAGAUGAUAUUCUUUUUACUAUAAUUGGUCCAGAUAAACUUUGUUUGCAGCAUCUUGAAGUAACUAGUUCUCUUUCAACAUAUGUCGUCUACCUCAUAAAAAUUCUUGAAUCAUAUCAAGACGAUGAAAAUCAAUUACAUACACAUAUAACUAAUCAACUUGAUAAACUUCUUGAAGAAAAACAUUUUCGAAUUCAACUUCAUGAUAUUAUAUUCAUAUUGAACUUAGGCAAAACUGAAAUAAAUGAAACAAAUAAUAGAGUUAGGGAAUCUGCGACUCAAAAGAUUCAAUUGAUAUGUGAAUCUAAUCUUAAAAUGAAACAAAGCUUUGAAGUUUAUUUGAAUGAAAAAAAUUUUCAUAUUUCGAUUGAUGAAAUUCCUUCGAUUUAUGCUAUAAUUUUCCGAUAUUUCAAUCCAUUUCUAUUGCCACAUAUAGAUCGUCAACAAUAUAUUUUACGCACAAUCAGCCGUCGAGAAGAUCGAACAACAGAUUAUUUUAUUGAAUGGUUUAAGCAUUUUCUAUGUCAAUCUAAUCCUGAUUGGAUGCAUUAUGAUGAAUUACUUUAUCACUGGACGGAAUGUUUUGUUCAUAAUACAUAUUUGUUCAACGACAUUAUCAAACAAAUAGAUAAGCUUAUUGAACUUUGGACAAAAGUUGAACUUGCUAAUGAUCAACGUUCAGGUUUCUUCGUCGAACAUAUAGUAAAGGAAUGUUUUCGGCACGGUAAGAUGAUCGAUUAG